CUCUCCGGAUCGUACCAUCGCAGGGAUGAAUUUUAACUUGUGCGAUGAAAGCCGGAGAUGAAUACUUCAUCUCUGACCCACAUAAUGGCGAUAUAUCAGGGCUUGGUAAAGCAGCGGUGCCCUGUCGUGUUACCAGCCCGCUGCUCCGCUGAGCGCUCCCGGUGAGGCGGGAGCUUUUCUAGCAGCGCGCCUUGCCUCCCCAUCUUCCUCCGCCUGGAUCCGAUUCACCUCCUCUCUCCAUCUCUCUCUUUUCCAGAAAGAGGAGGAGAGGAAGAAGGAGAAGGAUAACGGCGCACACCGAGAGAAAGAGAGAGAGAGAAAGAGAGAGAGAGAGCGGCGACGGGAAACGGGAAAAGUAACUAAAUCGCAGAGGAGGGUCUCUUGUCCAGGACUCCAGUCUAAAGGGCCCGGCUUGAGGCAGAAAACCAUCCCAUGGGAGGAAGAGUUCAGCUUGGUCUUUAACUGAUCCGACACUCACACCGCUCGCUUCCGCUUUACCUUUCCAAUGAAGAACUUCCUCUCCACCCUGGGGCCCUGACUCCACAUUCUUCCAGCUCUUUUACAUCUCCAUCAUCUCAGCUUCCCUUGAUCAAUCUACCUGCAAAACUUGCCAGACUCUCGACUUCCUCCUCCUCCUCCCUCUUCCCUCCCCUCCCCGGUGAGUCUCUCCCUGGGGUGCUGAAGCCAUGGCGGUGCCUUCAGCCCAUGAGUUUCACUGGCAGAACCUGGCACGACUGCCCAGUGGCCGCGUCUACCACACUCUGUCUGAGGUGGGGGGGCAGAUGUACAUGCUGGGGGGCUGCGACACCGCGGGGAGGCCCUGCCCCGGCAUGGAGCUCUAUUCUCCUGAGGGGGACCGAUGGAUAAGUUUGCCCCCGAUGCCCACCCCUCGUGCUGGGGCAGCUGUGGCCGUUCUUGGGAAGCAGAUCCUGGUGGUGGGAGGAGUGGGAGAGGACCAGAGCCCCCUGAAGGUGGUGGAGAUGUACAACACAGAUGAAGGGAGGUGGAGGAAGAGGACCUCUCUGCGGGAGGCCCUGAUGGGUGUAUCCAUCACUGUGAAAGAUGGACGGGCUCUGGCUGUGGGUGGAAUGGGUGCUGACCUGCUCCCUCGUAGCAUCCUGCAGCAGUAUGACCUUCGAAAGGAUGUGUGGGCACAACUUCCUUCCAUGCUGACCCCACGCUACGAUGCCAACAUUAAUCUGCUUGGGAACAAGCUCUACGUGGCAGGUGGACGGCAGUGUAAGAGACCGGUGAAGGCCUUCGAAGUGUACGAUGCAGAGGCGCGUUCUUGGACUACACUACCCAUGAUGCCCUGUAAACGUUCAUAUGGUGGCGUGGUGUGGGACACGGCUGGGAGGCUGUGUCUGCUCGGAGGACUGCGUCAGGGAGGAGGACACCAGAGCUCCAAGUUCACCAAGAACGUCAACAUUUUCGACACUAACCAAGGUGCCUGGUUGAAGUCGGAGGAGACAGUGGCACUGAAAACAAAGAGAGCUGACUUUGCUGCUGGUUUCCUGCGAGGCCGGAUGGUGGUAGCAGGAGGACUUGGUCAUGAGCCCUCAGCACUGGACACAGUGGAGGCCUUUCAUCCUCAGAGGAAGAAGUGGGAGAGGUUGGCGACCAUGACCUUCCCCCGAUGCUCCGCCUCCUCCAUUGUCAUCAGAGACCGCCUCCUGGUGGUGGGAGGAGUCAACCAGGUUCCCAGCUCAGCCCAUGAGAUUCUCUAUGUGAAAGAAGAAGAGUAUCUGUAGCCUGCGGCGACGGACACCAGAUGAACACAGCAGAUCAGAGUCCACUUCCUCUUCUCUGAACAACCCUCCUAAAUGAGACUGUAGUGCAAUAUGUAGGAAGCAGUGAGAGCACUGAGAGAGAUGGAGCCCGAGUCCCUGACUUUGUCAUGCCAUGUAACAGAUAACGCUGCCCCCUGCUGGGCUGUACUGACACUGAGACCCACACGGAGGCACACACAUGCACAACGGAGGAGCUGGCUCUUUCUUUAUACCAACUUAUGUCUCUUGAUACUUUUAGUAUGUGACACUUCUGCGUUGUACGUCGUAGUGCAUACUUGGAGAAGAGGAUAUUUUGUAGCUUUCAUGUUUAGUUAAUGUAGACAGAAAAUGUAUGGAAGACCUAUUUUAUGGCAUAUUUGCAUUUCAUGUUUUGUGUCUUUGGUUGUGUGUUUAUUUGUAUGCAGCUUGCUAACAACUGAGCAUAAGUAGAUAGUUUGAUUUCCAAAUAAGAUUUUCAUUUAGUUUGAUAACAUGACAUGCAAUAUAACAUAGCAAAAAAGUCAUUAAAAACUGCAUUUACACUCAAGCAGUUAACACUGAGUGCAAGUUGAUAUUACCAUCAAUAAUUUCUAGUGUAAUGUAUUGUAGUAAUUACACUAAGAAUGCUGUGCUGUCACUCUUCUGUGCUGUAACAGUGCACAUUUGUGAUUGUUGUCAUAGAUCUGUUUUAAUACAUUGCAUAUAUGAAUAGAAAAGAUGCAUUAAAUGACAAUAUGUUUGGGUAAGUGAUCACCAAAGUGCUGGUGAAGGCAAAAAAGAGGAUUCUGAUUGAUUCUGAUUGUACACAUUUUAUUCCUGAAGCAAUACAAAGUUCUCUUUUUUUCAGUGUUUCAUUAGUGCAGCAUGUGCUGUGUAGUAAUAAUCAUCACUCAAUAACGUUUCACUCAGGUUGUGAUGUUACAGAUUUGUUUUUGUGACUUCCUGUUUGCUGUCAUUAUAGCCAACGUCAGACUCUUGUCUCUUUGGCUCAGAGGAAUAAGCUGUGUAAUAUUUUCCUUGUGUUAAUCUCUGUUCUGCCCUUCACCCUGUCAUAACAUGUAAUAUUGAGGACAUGAGUCGUCAUAUUCAGUGGAAUAAAUGGGAUCUGUGGUUUGUAUUGCA